ACAACUGAGUAGCAUUCUAUCAGCAGCCAUCAGAAAAUUUUUGUGAGAUUAGCUUCGUGUCGUACGAGCAAGAAGUUUUUCAUCAUUAUAUUUCGUACCAUUCGUAAUGUAACCUGAUUAUCAAAUGCGGUAAUAUUCCUGCGAAAGCUGACGUACCCAUCUGUCGACUGAACGGCUCCGGAUAAAGUGUUUAAAAGUGAUCACAAGUGACCGAAAACCUUUUGUUUUCGUUCUGAGCUGGUAACAAGGAGCCGUAGUGUGCGUGUCUGUUUUCCUAAUUUGCCGCGCCAAUAGUAGGAUUUUUCUAUUUAGCGGAAGGAAUAGUGAGAUUCACUUAGGAGGACACUUACCGGAUGUGGUUGUGUAUCGUUUACCGGCAAAGGAUUGCAUGACAAUUGCGAAUUUGGAAAACCCAAAAUCUUGUUUACAUUACCUGGUGGAAGUGCAUGCUGCUUAUUGUUGGUUGAUAUUGAAUCGGGAGGGUUUGAUCCUUCAAGUAGAAUUGUAGAUUUCACAGCGUGGACUAAUGGGCAGCUGGUCUGUAUGUGCAAAACAACUCUAAACGGCAAUUAUGACGAGUGAAAUUUAGAAGCUGGUGACAAUCAAUUUCAUCACGGAGAGAAAUGUCGAAAACGACGGUGCUGUCAUUGACUGGAACGACAACCACAGGUGGGGCAGCAAGUGGAGCAAUCGGAGGAGCUGCCGAAUUUGAUGUGCCUGGUUUCGAGCAGAGGCUGCGAGAUCUUAAGGAUACCCAGGACAGCAUACAGCAGCUUUCGGCGUGGUGUUUGCAACGGAGGGCGCACCACAAGAAAAUUGUUAUUAGCUGGUUGAAUGUGUUGAAACAGGUUAAAGUGGAAAGCCGGCUAACCCUAUUCUACCUGGCGAACGACGUGAUCCAGUACAGCAAGCGCAAAAACUACGAGUAUGUGGACAGUUGGGGAACCUAUCUACAGAAAGCCACCACCCUGGUGCGGGACGAAAAGGUGAAGCACAAAAUUUUGCGGAUCUUCAGAAUCUGGGAACAGCGCGAAAUCUACAAUGACGAGUUCCUUGCCGAUCUGAAUGGUCUACUGAGUGCCACCACGGUGAAGAAAAACGAACCUUCGAGUGGUAUUUCAACGUCAGCAUCUGGCGGCGGCGGGGUGACCGCUACACUGGCGACCGGUCCGACGCGGCUGGUGGAGGCAAAAAAUGCACGGGAAGCGAUAUCCGUCGAUAUCGACGACUUCCAGACGGCCUCGCUGGUGUCGACCAUCAAGGAUUGCGUCAAGAAUGAAAACGACACCGACACGACGUUCAAGAGCCUGAACAAAAGCCCGCCGGUUGAUGUGGAACAGGUGAAAAAUUCGAUCAAAGGAAAAGAUCGAAAACGUGUGGAAAGCAUUGAACGAGAAAUUGAAGAAAAUUUAGUACAUUACCAAAGCUACGUGCAUAGCCUCAAAACGGAGUUGAAAUCUAGGAGGAUGUUACUAGCCCUGCUAGAGCAGGCGGAAACAUUUUAUCACAACCAACGUGGGGAGGUGAAAGUGGUUGCCAAUGCGUACAGAAACUUCGGCAAUCGUUUGAAAAGUAUGAAGAAAAAACUGGAUGAAUUGACAACUACGUUGCCCAGUCCGAUUCCAUCGCCGGAUAUCAACGCACCGUCACCGGAACCGGACAUGGAUCUUCAGCUUCCCGACGAUCAAAGUUUCUUCAACGUCAACGGGAUGAUGAGCAGCUACAUGGAUGGUAAUUUACCUUUCGACAUCAAUGAUUUCCGGCGUGAUUCUCCUACAGCUAAUAUUGUUAUAUCGCCCACAGUGCAAUCGAUACAGGUAAUAAAUUCCCGGAAGGAAGAAUCGGAGGGAGUGAAUGAUUUUCUGAAAGCAUUCUUCCCGGACGCGUCGAACCAACCGUUCUCUGGUGGUCGUAGUGGGCAGUCAAUUCUGCCCCACACCACGACAUCCACCCCCAUCGGGGGCGGUGGAUAUGUGCCGUCCCAUAGUAGCAAUUCUUCCCUGGAGGAAUACGCCAACGGGAACAGUGGUACGGUUGAUUAUACUGCCAGCCUCAACAGUUACGGAGUUCCUUCGAGUGUCGUCGGUGGUGGAUCCGAUUAUGGACUGCCGGGGCUUGUUCCACGGCCAACCAAUCACCGUCCGGCUGGGAUGAACAGGAACUUCGGUGGUGGUCCGCAGUACACACAACCGAUGCUGUCGGAUUAUUCUACGGGACGGCCGCAACCGGGUGGCAGAGGACCGCUACUGCCUCCGCCAGAGCGUGUAAAUCUCGAUCGAUCCGAUGAGUACAAUUCUACUUGGGAUAUGUCGAUGACGUGGGAUGGACCACAUGACCAAUCUGGUUUCCAGAAUUUGGAUACCCCGGUGUCACCUCCUCACUACGAGCGAAAAGGUAUCAAUUCGAAUGUGAUCGAGUACAUUGACGGUGUGAACGAGGAAGGACCUCUGCAGGAUGUUGACCAUCGGCAACUGCCCAACAUACCGAUUCCAGCCUUCAUGAAGGACAAGGGUCGGCUGAUGGACGUGGAUCAUCGCAAUCUUAUCUCACUGACCGGUUCACCUGGCCCACUGCUCAAGUCCAGUGUCGAUUAUCUGGAAGACAUUGACGACGGAGAUGACGAUGCCGAUUUAUUGUUGACUGCGGCAGACAGUAAAUCUGAUUCCAAGCAAGCAGAUGAACCGUCUCGGGAGUCAGCAGAAUCACCAGAGACGAGUGAACCUGAUCUGGCUUCUGGUUCGUUUUGGGCGGGAAGUGGUGACGUUGAUCUUCGGCACGCUAGUAUCGUUGCACCACCACCACCACCGCCGGUACCGGCUCCGGUUGCCGUUAGCAGCAGUAGCACCAGCAGCGUUGCCACCACCACGUCGACCACUGAAUCAAAAGAUCUCGACUUGCGGAUACAGUCCAUGCAGAAAGCGUUAGAUUCGCACUUUGAAAAAACAAUUUUGUCGACUGACAAUGCCAAGAGCGGUGAUGAAUCGGAGCGCAGUCUGACGUCACUUCAAUUGCUGCAGACUCCUACCUCGCUGCUCGAAAUUGAUGAUUUUCUGCAAAAUUUUGAACGAGAGAAUUUCGAUAUGAGCAAACCGCCCACCGUGCUGAUGAGUAAUCAAACUGAAGGAUCUCUUUCUCCGUCACCUUCGCCUCUGGACGGCUCGACACCUAUUCGAACUCAGUCACAUAGCGAUGAUGCUGACCAAAACGAUCCAUCGGACAACAAUGAAAGUGUCGAUAUGGACCUCUCCGACGAGGAAUACGUCCCGGAACACCCAACGGAAUCGGCGUCAGGUAAGAGUGGUAAUUCGUCUGAUAAACUUUCUGCUCCGUCUCCUCCUUCGACACCUUCGCUAAUCACGGUGGUGGGCCAUAACAACAACACAAGCCCAAUCGAAACCCCUUCAACACCCGGUACAACUUCAGCCGAUUCGACGAUCAAUUCUCUUUCAGCGUCAAUGCAGGAGGUCGACGAAAUCAUCGAGGAUUCGGCGGAACCGUACGAACCGUUCGAGGGGGAAGAUGUCGAUGACGAUCCGAUUGCUGAUAUGCCCGAGUUCGAGGAAAGCAUCCCAAAUACCAGCACAACAACGGCGACAACACCGACGACACCGAGCGCAGUACAGCAGCGGCCACCACUUUUACCCGAUCCGGAAUAUCCACCAGCUUUUGUAUUUCAACAUUCACAGCCACAGCCACAGCAGCAGCAACAACCACACGAACAGAGGAAACCCUGGGAACUACCACCACCUCCUUUGAACAACUUCGGAUCGGGCAUUCCUAAUCUACCCGAUCUGUCUAAUUUCGGAGAGUUUCCCAGUUUGGCUGCAGGAUUGAACAGCUUCAAUCAGCCGCCGCCGGGCGAGUGGGCACCACACAUGUGGAACAAUCAGAUGGGACCCAACGGUGGUCCGAUGGGUGUUCCCGGCAAUCAGUUCGGUGGUUCACCGAAUCGACCACCAUUCGGUGGAUCUCCCUUCGGCAACAAAACCAAUAACUUUAGAAAUCCUUGGCCCGGCCGGGGCGGAGGUGGUGGCGGACCCAGACAUGGUUCACCCUAUUUCCGGGGUGGCGGCGGCGGUGGUGGACGAGGUAACUUCCGCGGUUUCCGAGGUGGAGGAGGUCAUCACAACAAUAAUCGACCUAGCAAUUGGUAAUAACUUUUUUUCCUUUAUUCUUGUGUAUGAGUGAAUGUUUGACUGACAGACGUCGGAAUGAGUAGAAUCUAUACUUGAAAUCCAUGAAACAAAACAAAAAACGGUCAAUCGUGGUCCAAAAAAGUCCGGCACUAGUUUGAUGGUGGUCAAUUUUCAUUGUUAAAUCGUUCGAUUUCCAAAUAAAUGAAUAAUUUUCUUCGCUCGUUCACCAUCCGUGAAUGACAGUAGCAUGAAUGAA